AUUACUGAAUACUGAAAACUGACCCGCGUUUUUAAAUUAGGCAGCUUUCGGACUCGGUGACCGUGGGGCGUAUCUGCUCAUUUCGAGGUUGAAGUAUGCUGCCCUUACGAGCUUUGAAGACUUGGCGACUUCAGCAUAUCACUCGGAAAUGUUUAUAUACUUCGGCAUUAUGCUGUCAAAACCCUACCUCCAAUGAACCGUUUUUAAAUGGAACUUCAUCCAACUAUUUAGAAGACAUAUAUGAAGCAUGGCUUCGAAACCCUGAUAGUGUACACAAGUCAUGGGACAUUUAUUUUAAAUGUUUAGCUUCUGGAGCUGCCCCAGGAAAUGCUUACGUUCAACCACCUACUUUGGGUAAAGAAGGUUUGAAAUUGGCACACUUAGCCCCACAAAUCACUGGACGGACAGUAGUACCGAGUCUUAAGACCAUCGAAGACCACCUCUCUGUUCAGGCUAUAAUCCGUUCGUAUCAAUCUCUAGGUCAUCGCAUCGCCGAUCUUGACCCAUUGGGGAUAUUGUCUGCCGAUCUGGACGAUUCUAUACCCCCCGAGUUGUCGUUGAGUUUCUACAACCUUGGCGAGCCCGAUCUGGAUAAGACGUUUAGGCUCCCACCUACCACACAUAUCGGAGGUGAUAAGCAGGAACUUACUCUACGAGAAAUCAUUAAGCGUUUAGAGGAUGUUUACUGCAAACAUAUUGGUAUUGAGUACAUGUUCAUUAAUAGUUUAAAUAAAUGUGAUUGGAUAAGACGAAAAUUUGAAACACCUGGUUCAAUGAAUUUAUCGUCUGAAGAGAAACGUUUAAUAUUAGCUCGUCUUGUCCGUUCAACGCGUUUCGAAGCAUUUUUAGCAAAGAAAUGGAGUUCAGAAAAACGUUUUGGACUUGAAGGAUGUGAAGUGUUAAUACCAGCAAUGAAAGCUGUUAUUGACUCUUCGUCUGCUCUCGGUGUUGAAAGUUUUGUAAUUGGAAUACCACAUCGUGGAAGGUUAAACGUUCUAGCCAACGUUUGUCGUAAGCCUUUGGAUGAUAUAUUUUGUCAGUUCGACUCUAAAUUGGAAGCUUGUGACGAAGGUAGUGGUGAUGUGAAAUAUCAUCUAGGCAUGAGUCAUCACCGAUUGAAUCAUAUGACAGACAAGAUGAUUAAUCUCGCAGUAUGUGCUAAUCCAAGUCACUUAGAGGCUGUUUGUCCAGUCGCUCAAGGUAAAACGAAAGCUGAACAGUUUUAUCGGGGUGAUACUGAUGGAAAGAAAGUUAUGUCAAUUUUAAUUCAUGGGGAUGCAGCAUUUAGUGGUCAAGGUGUUGUUUAUGAAACUUUCCAUCUUAGUGAUCUACCUUCUUAUACAACUAAAGGUACCAUUCAUAUUGUCGUGAAUAAUCAGAUUGGUUUUACCACUGACCCUCGUAUGGCCCGUUCAUCACCAUAUUGUACUGACGUUGCUCGGGUAACAAAUUCACUUAUUCUUCAUGCAAACGCUGAUGAUCCUGAAUCAGUCAUGCAUGUUGCAAAAGUUGCUGCUGAAUGGCGAUCUGAAUUUGGAAAAGAUGUUGUAAUUGAUCUUGUCUGUUAUCGCCGUUCAGGCCAUAAUGAAAUGGAUGAACCAAUGUUCACUCAACCACUUAUGUAUAAACGUAUUCGUGAACAACCAACUGUAUUAGAACAAUAUAGUAAAAAGUUGAUUGAUAGUGGAAUUGUCACUGAACAGGAAUUUAAGGAUGAAGUGGCUAAAUAUGACCAGAUAUGCGAAGAUGCUUAUGAAUUAGCUAAAAAGCGGACAGUCACGUAUAAUCGUGCUUGGAUUGAUUCUCCAUGGCAUAAUUUUUUCGAAAAUAAAGAUCCAAUGAACUUACCUAAUACAGGAGUAGAAAGCGAUGUCUUAGAACAUAUUGGUCAUGUAAUUAGUGAGCCUCCUGAAGGUAUGGUUAUUCAUCCAGGCUUAAAACGUGCACUCAAGGAGCGCAAAGAUUUAUUAGAACAGAAAACAGCUAAUUGGGCUCUUGGUGAAUUGUUCGCUUAUGGAUCAUUGCUAAGAGAGGGUAUUCACGUCAGACUGUCAGGUCAAGAUGUAGAACGUGGAACGUUUUCACAUCGACAUAGUGUUUUACACGAUCAGGAAGUUGAUAAGAAAACAUAUGUUCCGCUUAACCAUCUUUAUCCUUCACAAGCACCAUUUACUGUAUGCAACUCGAGUUUAUCUGAAUACGCAGUAAUGGGCUUUGAGUUGGGUUACUCAUUGACAAACCCUGAAGCUCUUGUUAUAUGGGAAGCUCAGUUUGGUGAUUUUAACAACACUGCUCAAUGCAUAAUUGAUCAGUUUAUUUCUUCUGGUCAACAAAAAUGGGUACGUCAAUCAGGAAUAGUCCUUUUGCUUCCACAUGGUUAUGAAGGUAUGGGCCCAGAACAUUCUAGUGCACGUAUCGAACGAUUCUUGCAGAUGUGUAAUGAUGAGGAAAAUCAUGUCCCCGUUUAUAGUGAUAAUUUUGUCAUGCAACAGUUACAUGAUACAAAUUGGAUUAUUGCAAACUGUACUACGCCAGCUAAUUUCUUCCAUAUUUUACGACGCCAAAUUCUGCUACCGUUCCGUAAACCACUGAUUGUCUUCACUCCCAAGUCGUUGUUACGCCAUCCAGAUGCAAGGUCGCCAUUCUCUGAUAUGCUUCCAGGCUCAGAAUUCCAACGUUAUAUUCCUGACAAUGGUCCAGCUUCACAGAAACCUGAAAAUGUGAAAAAACUAAUUAUUUGCAGCGGCAAAGUGAGUUUUAUCAUGUAAUUUGCAUGCUAUGUGAUACAUGACAAAAUGUAGUUGCUUCCUCAUUUGUCUUACGUUUCAAAGUGAUCGUUUGCUGAUUACACAACCAGGUUGUGCUUACUGAAUUAUAUAGGUGUAUAAUGCUUGAUUAAGUGUAUGUUCAUUCCCUCGCCGUGCAUUUUCAAAUCAGUUUAUUUUCGUCACUGAUUAUUGAUACUCAGGAUUCUUAUCAUUCUCGACUUAUUUACAUGACACUUUUUGGACACAUUAGUUUAAUUCUAUGUUUAUUUAAGAGCUUUACCAAUUAUGCCAUGCAAAAUAAGAUUUUUCUGUUUUCUGUUGAUCUUAUUGUCACUCCUAAAGUGCAAAUAUGUGGUAGUGAUACUUACAUCCCCUUAAUUUAUACAAGAUUUCCAAAAUAUAAAUUAUGUUCACAAUUGUUAAUUCUAUACCGUUGAUAUAUUAUAAUGUUUAGAUUUAUUUCUGACCGAGUACUUGUAUUUUGUUUGCAGGUUGAAUUCGAUAAGUGUUGGUCUCUUUCAAGUCAUAAAAUGUCCAAAUGCUUGACUAGAUAUUUGGUUUCGUUGAUCGUCAAAUAUCUUUCUGUAUUUUUCCACUCUGUCGUUUCAAAUCAUAUUCUCAAUGUUCAGUUUUUCUUAACUUCUUUUCUGCCAUAUUAUUUUGAUUUAUUUGCUAAGCAUCUUUUUAAAUUCAUCUCUUUGUAAUAAUUUAACUCAUCCACUAGUUAGAUAUGAGCCACACUCUGAAUGUGAGAACUAAUGCUACUAAACGAUUACUCAAGCUGUAUUAUAUAGAACGGAGCUUGAACCUGAAAGUUGGUUGUCGAAAGUCGGACGCCUUAACCACAAUGCCAUUGCUACUGUGCCAUGGCAACUUGGGUUGACGCAUGUAUGUAUGCUUGAGGCUCACCGUAGAUUCUAUUUAACUGUUUGGUAUAACCAGUGAUCUAGAAAUAUGUUUUUUUAAUUGACUUUUUUAUUUUGAUCGGCUUCUAAUCUAUUUAGUUAUGCUACUAUGUAAAAUGACAUUCAAUCAUUAUCACUAUUUUUUCCACAGAGAAAUAUCUUUCCCGGUCUUUUCUCAGCAUUGAAAUUAAUAGUUUAUAAUGAAUGAGAUGUAUACUUACUUAAUUUUCCCUGAUUAUUUAGAAAAACGGUUACAUUAUCUACUUUCCGUUUGUGAUUAUUCACUAACUUUAAGUUUUGUAUACAUCGUAUUUUUUUGUCAGCGCUUCAGUUGGAAACCAGUAGUUCCCUAGAAUUGGUUCUCAUCCGGUUUCUUUGUCUACGAAAUUCUAUCUAUUCCUAGUUUUUUGUAACCAUUAGGAUUUUAAAUAGUUUCUCGUAAAACCAUAUCGUUUUCGAAUUUUUUUGUUAGCUGUUCUAAGAUUAAUCCUAUUGAAACUUUAAAUAAUAAAACUCAUAAUAAUCUUUGACAUAUAUACAAUUUAAUUGUCAUAUAUCAGUUGUUAGUGAGACUACAUUUAAAAUAGAUAGGACCGCAAUCUACUCACAGCCCCUAGGCGAUUGGAACAUUGAGAAGGACACUUCAUAGAACAAUUCAUUUAUUUUUCAGUUAUUCACUAUUCUAAAGAAAACAGAAUUUGAGAUUAGGAUAAACUGUCGUCUGAUUCUUUCUACUUUUUAAUAAAUUUCUAACCAACGUCACUUUGUGGUGUUGAUCAUCGCCAAAUUUUCAUGAUUACAUAUAAAUAAUCGUAGUUUCACAUUUCAUUAAUACAACCAUUUUAAGGUACCACUGCAGUGAACGUUCAUGGGGCGAUGUUGUUUAUAUUCGUUUAACUUUUCAGAUUUAUUAUGAAUUAGAUAAAGAACGCAGAUCGAUUAAUCGAGAGGCAGAUAUAGCUAUUAGCCGAGUAGAACAGUUGACACCUUUUCCAUAUGAUUUGAUUCAACAAGAUUUAGAACGUUAUCCAAAUGCUAUUAUUCAGUGGGUGCAAGAGGAGCAUAAAAAUAUGGGACCAUGGAGUUAUGUACAACCAAGAGCUAAUCAUUUAAUAUUUAGAACAAUGCCUGAUCGUCUUCACAAUAAAAUUUUAUACGCCGGUCGACAACCUAGUGCUGCCACAGCUGCUGGGAACAAAACAAUGCACUUGAUGGAGAUCUCUCAUUAUUUGAAAAAUGCUCUGUCAUUAUCUUAGUUUUGACAUUCUCGUAAAGUUUUAUUUCUCUUUUCUAGAGUUCACUUAUAAACAGAUUCUCUAGGAGACAUUAUUGUCUUUUAGUUUAUCUUAUUUAUCAUUUCGCCUCACUUUUUUCACUAAUUAUCUUAACUCAUAGGACUACUUUGUUUUGUUGUGCGUGUAGUUGAUUAAAAUUUGUCGGACUAAAUUGAAUAAAUAUAUUUUAACUCUAUGUAAUGUUAAAUUUCUCUGCUGUUAAUUAUUUGGUUUCUGGAGUUAAUUCCUUCCUAAAAUCAUUAAC